UUUUUUUUGAGUGAACAAACAGUAGGGCAAAUGCGUUCCAAUGUCCGCCCUCGUCGCUCUGUUUUUUUUUUAUUUUGCGACCUAACUGUGUGCCCCUGUUCUAAUACGUACAAAAAAUACAAAGUCCCGCCAAGGUUUAUUUUUUUUCUUUUCUCCACACAAGUUUAUAUUUUUCAAGAUGUUUGGUAUGCGCAAGUGGUCUACUCCUGUUCUUCGUCCUGCUGCCCCCUUCAUUGCUGGUGGUGUUGCCGUUUUCUACUUGGUUGCCAAGGCUCAAAAUGCCAUGAUCAACAGCGAAGAAUACAAGAACGAUCCCAGAAACCCUGCUUUGGCUUCUGGUAAGAAGGCUCACUAAAUUGUUUGGGUCAACAUUAAUUUGUAAAAAAAUCAAUAAAUACAACGCGCUCAAUUGUACACGCGAAUAUUGUGUAUUAAAAGACUUUUUCUUUUUUCUUUUUUCAGGCUGGCAAUAAGAGAAAUAGAAGGAAGGAGAAAGAAAGAAGGAAAAAGAAGGUUUAAAGGAAGAGAAAGAGCAUAGGCUUUC